AUGAGGAAAGGGAGAGGCUCUUCCGUCGCUGCACCCGCCCUUCCGGUAACUGCCGGGAAUCUCAACGGAUCUGUGAAGGAGCCGAGGUAUAGAGGCGUUAGGAAGAGACCUUGGGGUCGAUUCGCGGCGGAGAUCCGUGAUCCGUUAAAGAAAUCCCGAGUUUGGCUCGGUACUUUCGAUUCCGCCGAGGAGGCUGCACGCGCCUACGAUGCAGCCGCUCGUAACCUCCGUGGUCCUAAGGCCAAGACCAAUUUCCCGAUCGAUUGUUCUCCUUCUUCUCCUCUCCAACCACUCAAUUACCAGAAUCAGCAGAAUCCGAAUCUGUGCUCUGCUGCUCCUUUCGCGGCCAAUCAGAGCCAGAUCGAUCCGUUUAUGGACCACCGGUUAUACGGAGGCGGAAACUUCCAGGAGCAGCAGGUUAUCAGUCGGCCGGCGAGUAGCAGCAUGAGCAGCACCGUCAAAUCGUUUAGCGGACCCAGGCCGCCGAUCGAAGCGGCGUCUUCGUCCGUUGCGAAGCCGUUACCUGCGUCGAAGAGAUAUCCGCGGACUCCACCGGUGGCUCCGGAGGAUUGCCACAGCGAUUGCGAUUCGUCGUCGUCGGUUAUUGACGACGGUGACGACAUCGCGUCUUCGUCUUCCCGCCGAAAACCGCCGUUUCAGUUUGAUCUUAAUUUUCCGCCGUUGGAUGGCGUUGACUUAUUCGUCGGCACAGACGAUCUCCACUGCACCGAUCUCCGUCUCUGA